AUGGCUCCAAGCGCUGUUCCCCUGGAGUCAGGCUCCACCUCUCUAAACUUGGGAUCACUGCCCGGAUCUCUAACAACAACAUUCGACGACACUCUUCGUUUCUACCUCAACGGCACCCGGGUGGUCUUGGAUGACAUUGACCCGGAGAUCACAUUGUUGGAAUACCUUCGUGGUAUAGGCUUAACGGGCACAAAGCUCGGCUGUGGAGAAGGUGGUUGUGGAGCCUGCACUGUCGUUGUCUCCCAGUUCAACCCAACAACAAACAAGAUUUACCAUGCCAGUGUAAACGCCUGCCUGGCACCAUUAAUAUCGGUCGACGGCAAGCAUGUCAUCACUGUCGAGGGUAUCGGCAAUGUCAAGAAGCCACAUCCCGCCCAGGAACGGGUGGCCAAGGGAAAUGGCUCCCAGUGCGGUUUCUGUACGCCCGGCAUCGUCAUGAGCUUGUACGCUCUUCUGCGUAACAAUGACAGCCCCUCAGAGCACGACGUCGAAGAGGCUUUCGAUGGAAACCUCUGCAGGUGUACCGGAUAUCGCCCCAUUCUAGACGCUGCUCACACUUUCACCAAGAAGGCCCCUUCGGCUUGCGGUAACAGCAAGGCGAAUGGCGGCAGUGGGUGCUGCAUGGAGGGAGGCGGUGGUGGCUGUGGAGGAGCGAACAAGAACGGAGACGACCAGCCCAUCAAGCGCUUCACGCCUCCAGGAUUCAUCGAGUACAACCCAGAUACCGAGCUCAUCUUCCCGCCACAACUCAAGAAGCAGGAAUUCAGGCCACUUUUGUUUGGAAACAAGCGGAAACGGUGGUUCCGUCCUACCAAGCUUGAACAGUUGCUCGAGAUCAAGAAGGUUUACCCGAAUGCCAAGAUAAUUGGUGGCAGCACAGAAACACAGAUUGAGAUCAAGUUCAAGGCUCUUCAGUAUCCCAUCUCUGUAUUUGUCGGCGAUAUUCCCGAGCUUCGACAGUACUCCUUCGAGGAGAACCACCUCGAGGUGGGCGGCAACAUCACUCUUACCGAUCUUGAGAAUGUUUGCCAGGAAGCCAUCAAGCACUACGGAGAGAAGAGGGGACAGAUCUUCAACGCCAUGUACAAGCAGCUCAAGUACUUUGCUGGCAGGCAGAUCAGAAACGUCGGUACGCCGGCAGGAAACUUGGUGACUGCUUCGCCAAUUUCCGAUUUGAACCCGGUACUGCUGGCCGCUGAUGCUGUUCUGGUGGCCAAGUCCCUCGGUGACAACGGAAUUGUCGAGACCGAGAUCCCUAUGGCCCAGUUUUUCACCGGCUAUCGCCGCACAGCGCUUCCACAGGAUGCUAUCUUGGCGGCCAUUCGUGUCCCGUUGACCCUGGAGAAGAACGAGCUGUUCGGGGCUUACAAGCAAGCCAAGAGGAAAGAUGACGAUAUCGCUAUUGUUACCUCUGCCUUCCGGGUUCGUCUCGACGAGGAUGGCGUUGUUGACCAGUGCAACCUUGUCUACGGUGGCAUGGCGCCCACCACUGUCGCGGCCAAGACCGCAAACUCAUAUCUCCUGGGCAAGAGGUUCGCCGAGCAAGAGACACUGGAAGGUGUCAUGAACGCGCUGGAACAGGACUUCAACCUCUCAUUCAGCGUUCCAGGAGGCAUGGCCACUUACAGAAAAUCGCUGGCCAUCGGUCUCUUCUACCGGUUCUACCAUGAGUUCAUGGUUAUUUUGGGUAGCAACGCUGAUGAAGAGGCCGUGCCUGAGCUGGAGAGAGAGAUCUCUACAGGCCAACAAGACAAGGAGGCGGCUGCUGCUUACAUGCAAGAAACUGUCGGAAAGUCAAACCCUCAUCUUGCUGCCCUGAAGCAGGUAACGGGAGAGGCUCAGUACACCGAUGAUAUCCCACCCCUCAAGAACGAACUGUACGGUUGCAUGGUCCUCUCUACCAAGGCGCAUGCCAAGCUGCUGUCGGUAGACGCUUCAGCUGCGCUGGAUAUUCCAGGAGUUGUUGACUACAUUGACAAGAAUGACAUGCCCAACGCCGCUGCCAACCACUGGGGUGCCCCUCACUACCAAGAAGUCUUCUUUGCUGAGGAUAUUGUUUACACGGCUGGUCAGCCCAUUGGCCUCAUUGUUGCCACAUCAGCUGCCCGUGCUGCCGAGGGUGCCAGGGCUGUCAAAGUGGAAUACGAGGAGUUGCCUGCCAUCUACACCAUGGAGGAGGCUAUCGAAAAAGAGAGCUUCUUCGACUUCUUUAGAGAGAUUAAGAAGGGUGACACCAAGGAGGGUUUCGAAAACUCUGACUAUGUCUUCUCUGGCGUGGCCAGAAUGGGCGGUCAGGAGCACUUCUACCUGGAGACCAACGCUACGUUGGCGAUUCCCAAGCACGAAGACGGCGAGAUGGAGAUCAUCUCUAGUACCCAGAACCCCAACGAAGCUCAAGCAUAUGCCGCCCGUGUCUUGGAUGUUGCCGCAAACAAGAUUGUGGUCAAGGUCAAGCGCUUAGGAGGUGGCUUUGGCGGAAAGGAGACAAGGUCGGUGCAACUUAGCAGCAUCAUCGCCCUUGCCGCACAGAAGACUGGCCGCCCAGUCCGCUGCAUGCUCACUCGUGAAGAGGAUAUGGUCACCUCCGGACAACGCCACCCCUUCUUGGGUCGGUGGAAGAUGGCUGUCAACAAGGAUGGCAAGAUCCAGGCUCUCGAGGUCGAUAUCUUCAACAACGGUGGUUGGUGUUGGGACUUGAGCGCUGCCGUUUGCGAGCGUGCCAUGACCCACUCGGACAACUGCUACAACAUUCCCAACAUGCACGUCACCGGCCGCAUUUGCAAGACCAACACCAUGUCCAACACUGCAUUCCGUGGCUUCGGUGGUCCUCAGGGCAUGUUCAUUGCAGAGUCCUACAUGAACGAAGUUGCCGACCGUCUCGGCAUGCCGGUCGAGAGGUUCCGUGAGAUCAACUUCUACAAGCCCGGUGAGCGUACGCACUUUAACCAAGAGAUCAACGACUGGCACGUUCCUCUUAUGUGGGAUCAGCUUAUGAAGGAGGCCGAGUACGAGUCCCGUCGUGAGGCCAUCGCCAAGUACAAUGCCGAGCACAAGUGGCGCAAGCGUGGUCUCGCCAUCAUCCCCACCAAGUUCGGUAUCUCCUUCACUGCGCUGUGGUUCAACCAAGCCGGUGCCCUCGUACACAUCUACCACGAUGGUUCCGUACUCGUCGCCCACGGCGGUACCGAAAUGGGUCAAGGCCUACACACCAAGAUGACUCAGAUCGCCGCCCAAGCUCUCAAUGUUCCCCUCGAGAACGUCUUCAUCUCGGAAACUGCCACCAACACCGUCGCCAACGCGUCCGCCACCGCCGCCUCGGCCUCCUCUGAUCUCAACGGCUACGCCAUCUACAACGCCUGCCAGCAGCUCAACGAGCGUCUCGCCCCCUACCGCGAGAAGCUGGGCCCCGACGCCACCAUGAAGGACAUCGCCCACGCGGCCUACUUCGACCGCGUCAACUUGUCCGCCCAAGGCUUCUACAAGACACCGGAGAUCGGCUAUACCUGGGGCAAGAAUGAGGGCAAGAUGUUCUUCUACUUCACGCAGGGCGUCGCUGUCUCCGAGGUGGAGAUCGACACGCUCACGGGUACCUGGACGUGCUUGCGCGCUGACAUCAAGAUGGAUGUCGGGCAGAGUAUCAACCCUGCCAUUGACUACGGCCAGAUCGAAGGUGCUUUCAUCCAGGGUCUCGGUCUGUUCACCAUGGAAGAGUCGCUGUGGAUGCGCAACGGGCCGAUGGCGGGUAACUUGUUCACCCGCGGUCCGGGCACGUACAAGAUCCCUGGCUUCCGCGAUAUCCCGCAGCAGUGGAAUGUGAGCUUGCUCAAGGGCGUAGAGUGGAAGGAGCUGAGGACAAUUCAGAGGAGUAGAGGUGUGGGUGAGCCGCCGCUGUUCAUGGGCAGUGCCGUGUUCUUUGCUAUUCGCGAUGCGCUAAAGGCCGCCAGAGCGCAGUAUGGUGUCAAGGCCAAGGUUGGGGCCGAGGGUGGAGAGGAUGAUGGGUUGUUGAGGCUGGAGAGCCCGGCGACGCCGGAGAGGAUCAGGUUGGCUUGUGUGGAUCCUAUUGUUGAGAGGGCGAGGGUGUUUCCGAAGGAGGGAGAGAAGAGUUUCUUUAUUGCUAUCUAA